AUGGCUCAGCUUCCUCCUGGGAUUCGCUUCAUCACUUCAUUUUCACGAGAUCAGUGGUAUAGAGCCUUCAUUUUCUCUCUCACUUUCUUGUUGUAUGCCAGCUUCCAUUUGUCAAGGAAACCUAUUAGUAUAGUUAAGGGAGAGCUGCAUAAGCAUUGUGCUGCUUCACGUGAAGUGGAACUCAGCUCCUACAAAGAGUAUGCUGCACGCAUUCAGCCUGUCAAGAAGGCAUCUAAUGUAUCUCAGUGCGGUUGGGAGCCAUUUGACAAGAACAACUACAAACAGUUACUGGGAGCACUGGAUUACUCGUUUCUGUGUGCAUAUGCUGUGGGAAUGUAUUUAAGUGGAAUAAUAGGAGAGCGGCUGCCUAUCCGGUACUAUCUGACAGUUGGGAUGCUUGCUAGCGGACUCUUCACUGCAAUGUUUGGAUUGGGUUAUUUCUAUAACAUACAUAAUCUGUGGUUUUACAUAAUGGCCCAGAUAGCUAAUGGGUUGGUGCAAACUACUGGCUGGCCGAGUGUCGUUACGUGUAUUGGCAACUGGUUUGGAAAAGGAAGGAGAGGUUUGAUCAUGGGAAUCUGGAAUUCACACACCUCAGUGGGAAAUAUCUUGGGAUCCUUAAUUGCUGCUUAUUGGGUGUCUGCGUGCUGGGGUCUCUCCUUUGUGGUGCCUGGUGUUAUCAUUGCUGUGAUGGGGAUUGUUUGUUUCCUGUUUCUUAUUGAACAUCCUAAAGAUAUAAGUUGCUCCUGCACACCAUCCAGUAGUUCUAAAACCUUCCUGAAUGGUGCAUCUCGAUUCAGAGUCCAGAUGCCAAUCUUAAAUGCUAAGGAAACCAGUGGACCUCAG